AUGUACGGUGGAAAUGCUCCAAUUAUUGUUCUUAACCAGAACACAAAGCGCGAAUCAGGCCGCAAGGUUCAAUUUGGUAAUAUCAAGGCCGGCAAGUUAUUAUUCAAAUUUAAUUUUUUUUUUCUUUUCUUUUCUUUUUUUCUUUUUCUUUCUUUUUCCAUUUCUUUUCUUUUUCCAUUUCUUUUCUUUUUCCAUUUCUUUUCUUUUUCCAUUUCUUUUCUUUUCAUUUCUUUUCUUUUUCCAUUUCUUUCUUUUUUUUUCUUUUCCAUUUCUUUUCAUUUUUUUUUUCAUUUUUUCUUUUUUCCAUUUCUUUUCUUUUUCCAUUUCUUUUCUUUUUCCAUUUCUUUUCUUUUUCCAUUUCUUUUCUUUUUCCAUUUCUUUUCUUUUUCCAUUUCUUUUCUUUUUCCAUUUCUUUUCUUUUUCCAUUUUUUCUUUUUCUUUUCUUUUUCCUUUUCUUUUCUUUUUCCUUUUCUUUUUUUUCCUUUUCCAUUUUUUCUUUUUCUUUUUUUCUUUUUCUUUUUCAUUUUUUCCAUUUCUUUUCUUUUUCUUUUUUUUUUUUUUUUCCUUUUCCUUUUUUUUUUUUCUUUUCUUUUUCCUUUUCUUUUCUUUUCUUUUUUCCUUUUCUUUUCUUUUCCUUUUCCUUUUUUUUCCUUUUCUUUUUCUUUUUUUUCCUUUUCUUUCCCUUUUCCUUUUCUUUUCUUUCUUUUUUUUCCUUUUCUCUUCUUUUUUUCUUUUCUUUUUCUUUUUUUUUCUUUUCUUUUCUUUUUUUCUUUUUCUUUUUUUUCUUUUCUUUUCUUUUUCUUUUCUUUUCUUUUUUUCUUUUUUCCUUUUCUUUUCUUUUUCUUUUCUUUUCUUUUCUUUCUUUUCUUUUUCUUUUCUUUUCUUUUUUUUCUUUUCUCUUCUUUUCUUUUUCUUUUCUUUUUUUUCUUUUCUCUUCUUUUUCUUUUCUUUUCUUUUCCUUUUCUUUUCUUUUUUCCUUUUCUUUUCUUUUCUUUUUUUUCUUUUUCUUUUUUUUUCUUUUUCUUUUUUUUUUUCUUUUCUCUUUUUUUUCUUUUCUCUUCUUUUCUUUUCUUUUUCUUUUCUUUUUUUCCUUUUCUUUCUUUUCUUUUUCUUUUUUUUCUUUUCUUUUCUUUUCUCUUCUUUUUCUUUUUUUCUUUUUUUCUUUUCUUUUCUUUUCCUUUUCUUUUUUUCUUUUUCUUUUUUUCUUUUCUCUUUUCUUUUUCUUUUCUUUUUCUUUCUUUUUUUUCUUUUCUUUUCUUUUUUUCUUUUCUUUUUCCUUUUCUCUUCUUUUUCUUUUCUCUUCUUUUCCUUUUCUUUUCUUUUUUCCUUUUCUUUUCUUUUCUCUUUUUUCUUUUUUCUUUUUCUUUUCUUUUUUCUUCUCUUCUUUUCUUUUCUUUUCUUUUUCUUUUCUUUUUUCUUUUUUUUCCUUUUCUUUUCUUUUCCUUUUCUUUUCUUUUUUCCUCUUUUCUUUUUUUCUUUUUUCUUUUCUUUUCCUUUCUUUUCUUUUCUUUUCUUUUCUUUUCCUUUUCUUUUCUUUUUCUUUUCUUUUCUUUUCUCUUUUCUUUUUCUUUUUUUUUCUUUUCUUUUCUUUUCUUUUCUUUUCUCUUUUCUUUCUUUUCUUUUUCUUUUCUUUCUUUUCUUUUCUUUUCCUUUUCUUUCUUUUUCUUUUCUUUUUUUUUCUCUUUUCUUUUUUUUUUUCCUUUUCUUUUUCCUUUUCUUUUUUCUUUUCUUUUUUCUUUUCUUUUUUUCUUUGUUUGCAACUGGUCUAUGUUGAAGAUGUUGAUGGAUCCAAUGGGAGGAAUUGUCAUGACCAAUGAUGGAAAUGCCAUUCUUCGAGAGAUAACUGUGCAGCAUCCUGCUGCCAAAUCCAUCAUUGAAGUAGCUCGUACUCAAGAUGAAGAAGUUGGAGAUGGAACCACCUCUGUUAUUAUCCUCACUGGAGAAGUUCUCAGUGUUGCCCGGCCAUUCUUGGAAGAAGAUAUGCACCCAACAGUCAUCAUCAUUCUCUCUUUUUUUUCUUUCUAUAAAUAUAUCAAUGUCCUUUCUUUUCUUUUAUCGGCACAAACACCAUUUCGUACACUGCCAGUCUGUAAUAGAGGUACACACUUUCUUCCUCUCUUGUUUCGUCUUUUCUUUCUGAAAACAUUUGAAAAGCUUCCUUUUCCUUUUUUCUUCUGUAGACAGCUCGGUUUGCAACAGGGAUGUACACUUUUUCUUCUUCUUCUGAAAACAGCUCGACUUGCAACAGGGGGCUCGACUUGCAACAAGGAUGUACACUUUCUUCUUCUUCUGAAAACAGCUCGACUUGCAACAGGGAGGGAUAUUCCUGGUGGAAGCAUUGAAGAUUCCUGUGUCUUGCAAGGUGUUCUUAUCAAUAAAGAUGUCACACAUCCAAAAAUGAAGAGGAAGAUAGAAAAUCCACGCAUUCUUUUACUUGAUUGUUCUUUGGAAUAUAAGAAAGGUGAAAGCCAAACUAAUAUAGAAAUCAGUGGGGAAGAAGAUUUUGCUAAAAUCCUGCGCAUGGAGGAGGAAUAUAUUGAGCAGAUCUGUAAUGAAAUCAUUGCUUUUAAGCCUGACCUUGUUAUCACAGAAAAGGGUGUCUCUGAUUUAGCCCAACAUUUCUUGGUCAAGGCUGGAAUUAGUUGUAUCCGCAGAGUAAGGAAAACUGACAACAACCGUAUUGCUAGAGCUUGUGGGGCAACCAUUGUUAACAGAACUGAGGAAAUCAAGGAAGAGGAUAUCGGCACUAGCUGUGGUCUUUUUGAAAUCAAGAAAAUUGGUGAUGAAUACUUCACAUAUAUGGUAGAUUGCAAAGAUCCCAAAGCCUGUACCAUCUUACUGAGAGGUGCUAGUAAAGAUAUUCUUAAUGAAGUUGAGAGAAAUUUACAGGAUGCUUUAAAUGUUGCUCGAAAUGUUAUUCAGGAACCAAUUUUAGUACCAGGUGGAGGUGCAACAGAAAUGUCUUUAGCACAUGCUCUCAAUGAGAAAGCUAAAAGUAUAACAACUGUACACCAGUGGCCAUACCGAGCCAUUGCUAAAGCUUUGGAAGUGUUGCCUUUGACUUUGAUUCAGAACUGUGGUGCUAGCACCAUCCGUACUUUGACAGCGCUUAGAGCCAAACAUGCUCAGCCUAAUAACACCACAUGGGGUGUUGAUGGAGAAACAGGAGAAAUAGUUGAUAUGAAGCAGUUAGACAUUUGGGAGCCAUAUGCUGUGCGAGCACAAGUUUUCAAAACGGCAAUUGAAACUGCUAUCUUACUGUUGCGUAUUGAUGACAUUGUAUCUGGUGUAAAGAAAGGGGAUAAAGAUUCCAGCACCCCUGCUGCUCCAAAGGCCCCUGAAAAUCCAGAACCGGAACAAUAA